AUUGGGGAAAUUCAGCCAAGCAAUCAGAUCUUUGUAGCCAUCGAAGACUUGAAAUACACAAGAUUGUAUCUAGGGUUUCGUUUAUUAGUUGUUGGUGAGUCUAUCGAUAUCAAAAUCAAAUGGAUCCGUUUGGGGAUACUAAUUGGGAUCUAAUCGAUUACAACAGUCUCAUCAACGAUGUCGCAUCCACCGAUCUUUAUUGGGGUGACCAGAGUGCUACGGUCUCACUUGAUACCUCACUUGCUAGCUUUGCACCACCAGAAAAGGAGUCUGCAGAGAAAGAAUGCACAAGGAAGAGGGGGCGCAGUAUCUCGUGCAACAGGGCAGAGAAUAAAGCAUGCCGUGAGAGACAAAGGAGGGAAAAAUUGAAUGACAGGUUCUUAGAACUGAGCUCUACUUUGGAACCUGGGAGGCCUGCUAGCACCGAUAAAUGGGCUAUACUUGGGGAUGCUAUCCGAGUUCUGAAUCAGCUAAAAUCUGAAUCUCAAGAUUGCAAAGAGAUGAACGAGAAACUAUUGGAAGAGAUUAAAACAUUGAAGGCAGAGAAGAAUGAACUUCGUGAAGAGAAACUUGUUUUAAAGGCCGAGAAAGCAAAAAUGGAGCAGCAGGUCAAAGCCAUGACUAAUCUUCCGCCUUCUGGAUUUAUGACACCUCAUCCAGCUGCAUAUCAAGCUGGAGCGAGCAAGAUGCCCAUUUUUCCAGGCUACAGUUACAUUCCAAUGUGGCAGUAUUUACCACAAUCUACGCGUGAUACAUCUCAUGAUCAUGAGCUGAGGCCACCUGCUGCUUAAAUGGUAAAAUGACAACCAAUGAGAAAAUUCUGGCCUCAUUGUAGCUUGUAAAUAGAAUUGCUUAAUUACAUUUUGCAGUUUCAUCUUUCUGCACUUUUGCUAUUUUGAUUUCUAGAGACAUAGAGUUCAACGUAGAAGGAAUUUAUGUUGGAUAGAAUUAAUACCCUUCAUUAAUCCUUUUAUUCUUGUCCUUAAUGAAGUUUGUAUCU